UUGCUAGCACACACCCUCCCUAAAAGUAUUCACCAAUGACAUAAAACAAUAUUGAGUGAAAGAAAGAGGGAUAGAGAACUUUGAGAUUCCAGUUUUGCAUUUUUCAUAAUAAUUAUGAAUUUAAAUAAUGUCAUAACUUUAAAUAGCUAAUAAUCUAUACAGCCUAUUUUAAUGCCACUUUACCUAAUACAUAACGUACGCAUACAUACAUUUUUGAGACUUUUUAAAAGUUAAAAUAAUUUGUAGUGAGGUAGAAGUAUAUUCAUUUGAAUUCUUGUACACCCAUUCAAAAACGCUUCUUUCUGUUCACAAAUCUGAAAUGGCGUGAAUAAAAAGUAUUUUUUUGUAAGAUGUGCAUGUUUAUAAAUUGGACAAAACCUAAAUUAAGAGUCUUACAUUUUGAGUCUACAACAGGUAUUAGAAGGAUUCUAAAUGUUAUUGUUUAUUUUUAUGGGGUGCUUUCUAUGUCUUAAAACAUUGUAAAAUAUAGCUACCAGCUAAAACUGUUGCCAUGAUUUUGGUAUGAGCUUUAAUGUUAAAAACUAAACUAAUGGACGGUUUAACAAUUAGUUUGUUUACAUUCUGAACGAGCAAAAUGUGCAAACACCAGCUUAUUGACUAAUAUCCAAGUGUUGAAGCAUCAGUGACAUUGAGGUUGAGCACGUGUUUACAUCUGUUAUACCCAGUUUGCCCACUAGAGGUACUAAAGGCUGAAGUUAAACACUGUGGAAAAAGUACUACUGUGAGAAAAUUCUAUUGUUUAAACUCAUUUCCCAAACUGUCUUGUGUAUGAGCUGUCAACUGUAAACUUACGGAGACCUGGAAGGUGUAAUUUCAGCUACUCGGUAAUAAACUGAUUUUCAGUUCAUAGGAACAUGUUGUUCCUCAGUGACAGUGGUACCUGCACAAAACAAAUGCCUUGUCGAGAACUAUCUAUUUCACAAUGCUUGUCAUAACUCGGCAAAACGUAUCAUUUAUCAAACCUGAUGCAACAAGUAACGGCCACUUGUUAAUGGCGUGCCUUGUUUGUGUUGAUGUGUUUUGAGGGUUUGUCCUGCGGCUUGCUGCUGCUGUUGCAUGCUGUGUGUUCUUUGAGCGAGUUCAGUGAGAGGGCAGGAAGAAAAUCUAUGCCACAAGCCUCAUUUGAAUAAUAUAUGCAUGCGUCAUGCGACGUCACCGCGCCGAGUAUAAAAGCCCCGCUGCGGCAGAAAUAGCAUCAUUAGCCGACAGUGUUUCUCUGAAACCGCUCCUAGUCCUUUCAUAGCGCCCGGCUUCUCUGUGCGCACCGCAACAGAGCAACGAAGCAAAACAACCAGGAUCUUAAACUCGUGUCCAAACAAGUCGCAAACGUGGCGAGAAGUAUUAUUCAGACGGGUCUUGUCCUCAACAUGAGCACGGAGAUGUUCAAAACGCCAAUGGAGCUCGCGGUCUAUCAGCUGCACAAUUUCUCCAUCUCCUUCUUCUCGUCCUUCCUAGGAGGGGAUGUAGUAUCAGUCAAACUAGACAACAGUGCCUCUGGCGCAAGCGUUGUGGCAAUUGACAACAAGAUCGAACAAGCAAUGGAUCUUGUGAAGAAUCACUUAAUGUAUGCAGUCAGGGAGGAAGUUGAGAUCUUGAAAGAGCAGAUCAAGGAACUGGCAGAGAAGAACAACCAGUUGGAGCGUGAGAACAGCCUGCUGAAGAACCUGGCGAGCCCAGAGCAGCUGGAGAAGUUUCAGUCACGUCUGCCCUCAGAGUCCAGCCUCCCCCUGGAGCCUCUGGAGCUGGGGUGCUCCGAGGACGGCGAGCACCAGUACAACAGCAUGGGAUCUGCUGUAUAAGUGGCUCUGCCAUGGGGCGGGCAGAGCCACAGCUCUCACCUGAAAUGGACCUCCAAAUAUGCAACUUCAAGAUGAAGCUGGCUGUACAGAUGAAAACCUGACCUGAAAUGAAAGCAUUGCGACAAGUGGCCUAGUUCAGUAAUAUCUGACAAUCUCUUCGGACUAACACGGAAAAGAGAGAGUGAUGUAGACGUCCGAGGUUACUGUACAACGGGACUGACGUGCCCCUUGUUAGGAAGGGGGCCCAGCCUUGCUUUCCCUUGGUCCCUCUCACGAAGAGACGGAGAGGGGUUUGCCUGAUGGAGCUGGCCGAGAGCGCAUCUUUGGCCUAUCCAAGUCAAGCCAAGGAAAUGUACACGUCCCUGCGAGACGCCCCCACAGCCCCACCUGACGCAAGCUAUACGGGACUCACGUUCAUGCCCUCCAUGUCAUUGAUCCCUAGUGCUGUGGACUUUUUAUUUUUAUUUUUUAGCUCCCGUGGUUAAGGACGUUUGAGACGGACCCGUAUGGAGCCCUGGUCCUCUCGUCCACAGCGGUGACUCCCGCCAUAUGAUUUGUAUAGCAUCGCUUGUAUCUCUGCAGAUGGGGCCUGCUGCUUAUGGGGAUUAUUGCUUGUUUGUGUUUUGAAACGGAACAAAAUCAACUUGUUUAUAUGGGCUAUGAGUAAAAAAAAAAUGAUUUUUUUCUUAUUGUGGGAAUGAAAAUCUGUAUACAUUUGCAUAGUUCUGUAAAUUAGCGACUGAUGUAAAGAGAAAUGUUCUGAAACGGAGGUGGAUAAUGUUGCUGCAAAUGUUCUGCUGACAUGUCGAACAUCUGUUCUGUUGACCUUCUAUGCCAACCAAUUAACAGGCACGAUGGUGUCUGAAGAAGGCAACAUGUUUUCGAAUUAACUUUGUGUUUUCUAACUACCAAAGACUUGCCUAAUACUCACAAGCCAACAGGACCAUGUGGAACUUUUCACAGGGAGAAGUUUUGACCGCAGUCUUUUUGAAACAUGGGUAUUGUUGCUUCGUUGUGUCCAUGGUAUUUUUUUUUUUUAACAAUUUAUGGAUGCAAAAUGCACAUUGCAAUAAACCUUAUGUUUACACUAAA